GUCAAUUUUCAGGGUGAUGAAGAUACCAGAUGUGUUGGAAAACCUUGAAAUAACCGAGCAAAACUUCCUCAUAGUUUUAUGCGCCACUGUGGUGAUUGUUGUGCUUUUCGUAUCAUUUUUCCUGGUCAAAACUAAAAACAAACUUAAUUGGUAUGAUCAAAACGUGCUUGAUAUGGGCCAAAACCCAACACAUCUAAGAUGUACCACCAUUUAUCGCACUAAUACAGAUGACGCAACUCCGAAUCCAGAAUCCAAACUUGGAGAAAGUUUUCCAUCGACUAGUAGCAUUCCAAAGGGUGAUCUGACGAGUUUGUUUAUGAUUCCAAAAGCGAAAAAAGGCGCCAGGAGCAUGUUCUCCAAUCUUCAUCAGAAUCAGUUUGAUAGGGGACUUUAUCAGUUUCCGACGGGUGACGAAUCUGCAUGUAGCUCAGUUACAAUGUCCGCAGUUGGCUCAAUUCAGCUUAGCGUCAGUCAUGAUGUCAACUUAAAUCUAUUAACAGUGACAAUAGUCAAAGCAGUUGAUCUACCCACUAAGCGGGAAGAUGAUCUGCCAAAUCCGUUCAUGAAAGUUUCCUUGGAGAUCCCGGACUCUAAAAAGCCAAACGUUGAUCAUCAAACCAAGACGUAUAACGGAACGGCGUCCCCUCUUAUUAAUGAGGAUUUUUAUUUUUCGGUAACAUCACAGCAAGUCAGCAUAUGCCGUCUGGAGGUGAUGGUCUACGACUAUGAUCAAUUCAGUGUUGAUGAAUGUGUUGGGUAUUGCUGGUUGACACUUGGCAGAAUAAAUGAGCACUUUGAGCACGAUCUUCCUACAUUAUUCUGGGCGGAAGUCUUGCCGUACGAAGACGGAGAAAAUAAAGGAUACGGGCAGGUUCUGUUCGCGUUAUCCUAUCUUUCCCAUGCACAACGACUCACAAUGAACAUUUUCAAAGUGAGGAAUGUGAGGUUUAGGAAUGGAGGAAAUGUGGCGCUCCGGGUAACACUUCUAGACGGAGAAGAAAAGCCGCUGAAAAAGAAAAAAACAAGCUUGAAGAAAGCGGCGAGAUCAGUGCAGUUCAAUGAAUGUCUGACAUUUUCAAUACCAAAGCACACAUUAUGUGAAGUGUUUAUCACAGUGGAAUUGAUCACUGAAACCGGCACAUUCGGAAUCGCAUCACGCACCCUGUCCCGGAUGCAAUUGCCAUUGCACAAGUGUAAAGACUUAUGGAGAGCAAUUAUCCGCGAAGAGAAAUCGCAGGCAAGAUGGUAUCCGUUUGAACAGCCCUGACAACGAUUUCUGUUUCAUUUUUUUUUGUAAUGGAACGAAUUUCGGAUAAAUCUCGGAUUUGGAUAUUAAUAUUUGAGUUUGUGUUGUAUUUUGAAAUAUGUUGAGAAAUGAAACUUCGAAGGUGUAAUGAAGUAUGCAGUAUG